AGAGGAGGGGCGGACCCGCCCGCCCGCGCCGAGCCGAGUCGGGCGGCCCAGGCUGGGCGUGACCCCGCCGGCUUCAGCGCGGAGAGCGGGCGGAGGCGAGCAAGGGCUAUGCUGCGGCUGGCGCACGGCGGGGCUCGGGCCAUCGUGGACUUGUCGUACGCCCGCCACUUCCUGGACUUCCAGGGCUCCGCCAUCCCCCGAGCCAUGCAGAAGCUGGUGGUGACUCGGCUGAGCCCCAACUUCCGCGAGGCCGUCACCCUGCGCCGGGACUGCCCGGUGCCGCUCCCCGGGGACGGAGACCUCCUCGUCCGGAACCGAUUUGUUGGCAUUAAUGCAUCUGACAUCAACUAUUCUGCUGGCCGCUAUGACCCAUCGGUGAAGCCCCCCUUUGACAUAGGUUUCGAGGGCAUUGGUGAGGUGGUGGCCUUAGGCCUCUCUGCCAGUGCCACAUACUCAGUGGGCCAGGCCGUGGCUUACGUGACACCUGGUUCCUUUGCAGAGUACACAGUUGUGCCUGCCAGCAUUGCCACUCCAGUGCCCUCGGUGAAACCCGAGUACCUCACCCUGCUGGUAAGUGGCACCACUGCAUAUAUCAGCUUGAAUGAGCUGGGAGAACUGUCAGAAGGGAAGAAAGUUUUGGUGACAGCAGCAGCUGGGGGGACGGGCCAGUUUGCUGUGCAGCUUUCAAAGAAGGCAAAGUGCCAUGUAAUUGGAACGUGCUCUUCUGAUGAAAAGUCUGCUUUCCUGAAGUCUGUCGGGUGCGAUCGCCCUGUCAACUAUAAGACCGAGCCCCUCGGAACCGUCCUCAGGCAGGAGUACCCGGAUGGUGUGGAUGUGGUCUAUGAAUCUGUUGGGGGAGCCAUGUUUGACUUGGCCUUAGAUGCCUUGGCUACCAGAGGGCGCUUGAUAGUAAUUGGGUUUAUCUCUGGCUACCAAAGUCCUACUGGCCUCUCGCCUGUGAAAGCAGCAACACUGCCCGCCAAGCUGCUGAGGAAGUCUGCCAGCGUCCAGGGCUUCUUCCUGAACCAUUACCUCUCCAAGUACCCGGCGGCCAUGAAGCACUUGCUUAAGCUGCAUGCCAGUGGGGACCUGGUCUGUGAGGUGGACCUGGGAGACCUCUCUCCAGAGGGCAGGUUUACGGGUCUGGACUCUGUAUUCCGGGCUGUCGAUUAUAUGUACAUGGGAAAAAAUACUGGAAAAAUUGUAGUUGAAUUACCUCACUCUGUCAACAGUAAGCUGUAAAAAACUGAACAAUGACAUAAAUCAAAGGAAAAGAAAAUGAGCACUUUAUGCCCGAGAAUUACUCAAAUCCAUUUAUUUUUAGUUUGUGAUAGAUAUAAUAUUUUUUAAAACAAAAGUAAGGUGUUAAUGGAUCUCUCCAUUCCUCCCUCCCUCCCCUUCCCUCUCUCUCUCUCUCUCUCCCCCUCCUCCUCCCCCUCCUUCCUUGGGAAAAAAAGUGCCAAUAAAAGUUCCCUCCAUACUCAGAGGUAAAA